UGAAGGUGUCUUCACCUUUCGGGCUUAGGGCGAAGCUUUCCUCCCAAUGAGUUAGUGACUAGCCACUUCUCCGUCUCCAAAGCCGUCCCUCAUACCGGUAAUCGAGGCCUUUUAUCCACAGAGAGCGAUCUGAGCUACCCACGAAACCUCUCCUCUCUCCUCCCUGCUCGAUUUCUGAGCUCACCCUUUUUCCUCCUUCAGGUUUCCAUAAAAUUAAAUUUUCCAGAGACACAGCUAAAAGUAUUUCACAUCACAUCACCAUGAACUCGUUUCUUCCCUUUGCAAACACCAACGUUGUUCUGAUUGUGGAUGACAAUGCCCUUGGCCAUGCCCUUUUGGAUGAUUCCAGCCGUCUUUCCACGUCGUCUCACAGCCUCUCGAGCAACAGUAGAAGAGUUGGUUCCAGCAGAAGAAUGACUCGAAGAGGAGGACGCCGCACUGCAAGAUGCUCUUACCAUGCUCAAAAGCAAAGCAGCACCGAAGAACUCGACAGUAGUGCAUCUCGCUGGGAGGAAGGGGACUGCGCUGCUUGCAAGACAUCCAAGGCUCUCCCAAAGAGACCCGUACGAAGAAAUUCCCUUUCCCAGGGGGGUAACUGAGCAACUGAGCCAAGCCAAAAGAGUACCUACUGCCCCCGCCUCUCUGUCACAAGGGAAUGAUACAGAUUGGACCUGAUCGUACUUGCCACAGAGGAACAUGCACAGACAUGAACAAUAGACUAUAUCUGCUAUACACACACAUACACUGUAACAUACUAAAGAAUAGACUGUAUACGACC